UGGUGAGCUGAAACCAUACGCUACACACAGAAUUUAUAUAAAGAGAAACGAGAAAGUCUGAUUAAGCAUAUUAUUCCCCAUUAACCCUCUCUCCACUUUGUGUCAUCCUACUGAUCUGCGUUUCCAGAUCAUCCCCAAGAACACAGCUCAACAAGAGGAAGAGGAAAGAGAUGGGAAGGGGGAAGAUCGAGAUAAAGAAGAUAGAGAAUAAGACAUCGAGGCAAGUGACCUUCUCCAAGAGAAGAAAUGGUCUUAUCAAGAAGACUCGUGAGCUCUCUGUUCUUUGUGAUGCUCACAUCGGUCUCAUCGUCUUCUCCACCACCGGAAAGCUUACCCAGUACUGCUCCGAACACUCUAAUAUGCCUCAGCUCAUUGACAGAUAUUUGACAAAAGAAGGAUUGCAACUUCCUGACCUUAAUGACGACCGGGAUGACCUGCGCCAUGAGAUUGAAAUAUUAAGAAGGGAGACAUGUAAGCUUGAGCUCCGUCUGCGUCCAUACCAUGGACAUGACUUAGCCUCCAUUCCUCCACACGAGCUCGAGGGGCUAGAGCAACAGCUCGAACAUUCUGUCCGUAAAGUCCGUGAGCGUAAGAAGGAGUUGCUGCAGCAACAGUUGGGGAAUCUUAGCAGAAAGAAGCGGAUGCUAGAAGACGAUAACAACAAUAUGUACCGUUGGCUUCAUGAUGAGCAUCGUACGGGGGUUGAGUUUCAGCAAGCUGGGAUAGAGACCAAACCAAUGGAGUAUCAACAGUUUCUAGAGCAGGUUCAGUACUAUAAUGAUCAUCAUCAGCAACAAAGCAGUGUUCUUCAGCUCCCUACGCUUCCUUCAGAGAUUGAUCUUAGUUACCAUCUCCAGCUUGCUCAGCCUAAUCUUCAAAACGAUCCAACGACCAAGGUUGAUUAAUCCCUCAACCAGUUCUACUCUCUCUUUAUGGAGACAAAUGAAUGAAGAAGUACCAUUUCUGCCUUUUAUUACCUAUUCUGAUUAGCCAAUGUCUUCUUUUGUGUCUAUUUGGUGUGGCCAUGGAACCUUCUUUAAAGUAUAAAUAUUUCAUUUGAGAAGCACAAUGGACUUUGAUUAUAUUAAUCAUAAUAAUCAUUCAUCA